UCAUAUCAUCAAGUUUACAUCCUGUGGUUACUUCAGAGUUAAUUGGAUAAGUUGAAACUAUGGAUUUACAAUACGUUUACCAAAAGGAACGAAAACAUUUUGGACGAGCAUAUACCUUUGCGGAUAAAAAUGAGUUGCUAUUCAAUGAGCCAUCAAAUCGCGAGCUCAGCAAGGAUUAUAUCUGCCGCAAUCCAGUGUCCCAAGGAACCCAAUGCAGUCAUCAGAUGGCAUUGAGUGAAGCGAACACCGAACGAGCCUCAUUUAAACCAGGUGGCAUAACCCAUACGGAGGGUGGCUGGCCCAAGGAUAUUAACAUGCACGAUCCUGAGCAAACUGUGAGAUAUAGACGUAAAAUUGAGAAGGAUGAAUCGUACAUUAAUCAAAUUAUGUCCCUAUCAAAACCAAUGGAACACUACAUAUUCCAAAAUAACGCUGUCAACAUCUACGAAAAUUACUUCGAAGAUCUAGAUCCAGCUCCACUUCUCGAACAGUGCAAAUCUCGUACUUUAAACGUCUAUCGGGAUCCCAAUCCAAUCAAGGUUCCAAUAACCCAUUUGUCCUGGUCACCAGAUGGUGGUGUCAAACUAGCAGUAAGCCAUUGUGACAUGACUUUUCAAGGAAGCAAACGUGGUCAGCAAACUCAUUCGUAUAUUUGGGAAAUUGAGAAUCCCAACCAGCCAUACCUUACCCUGGAACCAAAGGCUCCUUGUGUUUGCCUUGAAUACAAUCAGAAGGAUCCAAACAGUCUGGUAAGUGGCAUGUAUUCAGGACAAGUGGCCGCAUGGGACACUCGUCAUGGGAAGUAUCCUGUAAUGAUAAGUGAGCGGGAGGUAUGCCACCGUGAUCCAGUGAGUUCAGUUUUGUGGAUCAACUCAAAAAGCGGCACAGAAUUCUUUUCUGGUGGUCUCGACGGGCAGGUUCUAUGGUGGGAUACAAGGAAACUGAAUGAACCGCUUGACAGGCUUUUCAUGGAUCCAGUUCGCACUGAUGAGCAGGAUUUGUCCAGGUCAUAUGGAAUUUCGGUUUUAGAGUAUGAAACUACCAUCCCGACGAGGUUCAUGUGUGGUACCGAGAUGGGUAUGCUGUUCAGCUGCAACAGGAAGGGGAAGACCCCGAUGGAGAAGAUCAACAUUAGGAUGAUGUGUCAUCUAGGACCUGUCUAUGCUAUCACAAGGAAUCCUGCAUUCGUUAAAAAUUUCCUGACGGUCGGAGAUUGGACUGCACGCAUCUGGUCGGAAGAUUGUCGCGAGAGCUCCAUAAUUUGGACAAAGAGUCAGGAAGCUAUGCUUACCGAUGGAGCUUGGAGUUAUACCAAAGUGUCACUUUUCUUUGUCACCCGCAUGGAUGGCGUUUUGGAUUGUUGGGAUCUUCUGCAGCAACAAAAUGAGCCAGUACUUAGCAUUAAAGUAUGCGAUGAUCCUUUGCUUUGUCUAAGGACCCAUGAAAGUGGAAAGUACGUGAGUUGCGGCAGUAACAAAGGUGCAACGUUUCUCAUUGAAGUUUCUGAUAACAUGGUGUGCUCUUCCAAGAAUGAUAAACCUCUUCUUACUGCGAUGUUUGAGCGUGAAAACAGGCGAGAGAAAAUUUUGGAAGCUAAGUCCAGGGAGAUUAAAUUGAAAACAAAAACGGCUCAUGCCCAAGAAGCAGCAAGCAUGAAUGGAGGAAGCGAUAAAAUAUCGAUUGCUCAAUAUGCAAGUGCAAUUGAACAAGCUGAAUCAGAAUAUUUUGCAGCUGUGGAAAGAGAACGUCUACGAAGGCUGGCUGGUGAUAGGAAAGGGGAGGCUGGUGAAGAUGCAGAACAAGGUGAAAAUGAUGCAGCUAGUACGAAAACUUCUGCGACGUAGCCAGUUUAAGAAAUUUGCUUUUACAAUUUACAUAAUUUGGCUUUUGGCUUCAAUAGUUCUUAUAAUUAUUCAUCUAUUCUCUUAUUCUGAAGUUUUA